AUGUCUAAUCGCUUUGGCCUAGCAGCCGACAACGUGAAGAAUUUCGAGGUUGUUCUGGCAGACGGAACCAUUUUCAAUGCCAAUGCAAAGCAGAACAAUGAUCUAUUCGGGGCCCUUAAGGGCGGUGACCCCAACUAUGGCAUUGUCUCUCGUUAUGAUCUUAGCACCGUGCCGGUCUACGAGAUCUGGGGGCAAAUGAUGAUUUACGCCCCCGAUCAAGCCGGCGCCGUUCUGGAUGCCUUUACGGAGUGGCAGCUCAACAGAGCCUCGGAUGUCAAAUUGACCGUGGCCAUCGACAUCUCCUUGACGUCUGUAGUCUUUGGGCUUGUUUACUCCGAGCCAGCCGACAAUCCCAGCGCGUUUGCGCCAUUCUAUGAUCUGGAACCACUGGCGACUCCCGUCCCAGCAAUGAACACUACGUUUGCCGUCAUUGAUCAACUCCUGGGAUCCGACUUCCCUGUCGCAAGCGGUCGACACGACUAUCGCGGCUGCAGUACCCGGAUCGACGCCAACUUGACCCGGGAUGUCUACGACUACUGGCUGGAGAAGGCCCAGGCAGCUCACCAGACCAUCGGGGUCAACCAGUCCUUUGCUCUGCAACACGUUGGAGAGAACCUCAUCCAGAAAGGGAUUGAGAAUGGUGGAAACGCCCUGAAUACCCGAUCCGGUCCCCAGCAAUGGUGGACCACCAUUGUGGACUGGGAGAAUGCGGUUGAUGAUGAGGUCGCCCGAUCCGUUUCCAUCGAGACGACAAAUUACUGGCAGAAACUGGCCAAGGAUCGUGGGCUGGAUGUGUCCUUCACGUGUAUGAACGACGCCUCCCGCGACCAGAAUCCCCUGGCAUCCUAUGGGGCGACGAAUGUGAAGAAGCUGAAGGAAACUGCCAAGAAAUACGAUCCCACGCAGAUGCUCCAAAAGCUGCAGAACAAUGGGUUCCUAUUCUCGAGGUUGUAG